AUGAAUGAAGGCAGAAUUUUCUCAAGAUUGGAUAGAGUUUUCAAGAAUGAAGAUUGGUUGGACAUUUUCCCUCAUUCUGAGGCUGUCUUCAACUGGGAGCUUCACUCUGACCACUGCUACUGUAUUAUUAAACCAGAUAUUGCUGUUAACUGUGGUGUUAAGCUCUUUAGGUUCUUUAAUAUGUGGACUAAACAUGAUCAAUUUAAAUCCACUGUUAUGCAGAGCUGGUGUAGGCCUAUGCGAGGGACUGGUCUAGUUCGCCUUUGUAAUAAGCUGCGUAGACUUCAGCUGGUGCUUCGGCGGUUCAACAGGCAUAUAAUGGGUGAUGUUGCCCAGAAUUUUUUUGAGGCUAAAGAGAAUUAUCAAGCUGCCCAGGUCUCUCUGCAGGGUGAUCCGCAUUCGCUAAGACUUCAAAAAAUCGAAGCUGAUGCUGGUGAAUCUCUAGCUUGUCAUGCUAAAAUUUAUGAGAGUUUCUUGAGGCAGAAAAGUAAACUGGACUGGUUGCGGUUUGGGGACGACAACACAGCGUAUUUUCACGCUUGCUUAAAGCAAAGGAGAGCCUCUAAUUGUAUCACUUCUGUAGUUAAUGAAUCCGGUCAGAGUAUUGAGAAUUUUGAUGUUGUAGUUGAUCAUUUUGUGAAUCAUUUCAAGAAAAUUAUGGGAAGCAAGAGCAUGGCCUCUAGCACUAUUCAGAAGUCCUGUUUUGAGCUUGGUCACCAGCUGACCUUGGAUCAGCAAGAUAUUAUAAAAGGCUAUAAGAGGAAAAACAUUUCCCCUAAGUGUGUUUUGAAGAUUGAUUUGAGCAAAGCCUAUGAUAUGUUAGAUUGGAACUUCUUAGAGGAUAUUCUCAAUGAGUUUCGGUUUCUGGCUAAAUUCAUCAAAUGGGUCAUGGCUUGCUUGAAAGAUCCAACCUAUCUUCUCCUUAUGAAUGGAAAGGUUCAAGGGGAAUUUAGAGGUCGGAAGGGGCUUAGACAAGGGGACCUUAUCUCUCCGUUAUUAUUUGUCUUAGCCAUGGAGUACUGUACUCGCUUAUUUCAGCAAGCAUCAAUGAACAAGGGGUACCGGUUUCAUCCUAAGUGCAAACAUCUCAAGAUCGUUAAUCUUUGCUUCGCAGAUGACUUGGUUAUUUUUUGCAAGGGAGUUCACAAUUCAGUUCAGAUUAUUAAGGAAAGUUUCAGUGAUUUCUGUUGUGCUUCUGGUUUGAUUGCUAACAAGGAUAAAUCCCAGGUUUACUUUGGUGGUGUGGCUGAAGAUGAGGCUCAAAAUUUGCUUGAGGGGCUCCAAUUCACUGAAGGUCAUUUUCCCCUAAAAUACUUGGGAGUGCCUCUUCGAACAACAAGAUGGAAGGCUGGUGACUGUUCUCUUAUUAUCAAAAAGAUUUAG